AUGCAGAGCUACUUGGACUCCUCCAUGAUCUCUAUCAUCGAGGACUUCGGCCCCCUGACCGAGAACAAGGCCUGCCUGGAUGCUCCAAACGAGCUGUCCCUGCUGACGGCCAUCACCGAGAUUCUGGACAGCACGGACGACGAGACCCUGUCUCCGUUUGACACCACCCUGGACUCCGAAUUGCUGGCACUGCCCCGGGAACGCGAGAGUUCUUCGUUUCAGAAGUUUCUCAGCUUGUCCCGGGCCUCCCCUGAGCGCAGCAUUCCUGCCCUAGAUGAUCCGUGGGGCCUCAGCGGUCCAGCCGCCAUCGGGAAGGUGGAGACGGGCCCUGUGGAUCUGCCCUGGAACUGUCCACUGAGCUGCCUCGAAGAGCCGGCAGCGCCAAAGCCGCGCCCCAGCAGAGCGCCCCGGGCGGAGCGGAAGCUCCCCAGGCCCCAGCCCCUCCCGCAGCGCAGCGAUGGGGAGGAGGAGGAGGAGGCUGCUAGCCCUGGGCAGCACGGCGGCGUGGCAGUGACGGGGGGUCUGCGGGAGAGCCCCAUGGAUUUGUGCGCCGAGGCUGGGGGUGAGGAGGCAGCGUGGCCGGAAGACACUGACACUCCCUGCAUCAUUAGCACGGGGGCCGGGUCCCUCAGUGAGCUGGUGAAGUCCAUGCACCCGUACUGCCUGCCCACGCUCACCGUGUGCCUGGACCCUGCCAGCGAGCCAGUGGCGAAGGAGUUCUUAACCAGUCCGCUCCUGCUGGAGAUUGUGCCGGGCGAAGGCGAGAGCCUGGAGAUCCCCGUGGUCCUGCAGCAGCUGGGCCCAGGAGCCCAGCUCCCAGCUGAAGGGGAGGGAGCCAGCGGUUGCCUGGCUGGCGAGGGGGGUGGUGCCCUGGAGCCGUUGCCUACGGAUGGUGUGGUGCCAGUGGGAAUGCCUGCCCAGGGGUGCGAGACUGGGGGCCCCAUCAGGGCCCCCCAAGAGGAGCCUCCCAGCCCGACCCAGGAGAGAGAGUCCCCCCGGGGGGUUGACCCCGAAGCGAAGGACGAGGCGAGGCAAAGAGACCAGGAUCUGGAGAGCAGCUCCCGGCACAGCACAGAGGCACCAGUGGGCAGGAAGCGCCAGGGCACCGAGAAGGGCCGAGGGCGCGAAAGGGCCCGGAAAAGCCGGAAAAAGAAAAGGGAGGAAUCGCAGAAGGGCCAGGCCAAGCCAGAUGGGGACUGUGCGGUGCGCAGGCUCCGCUCCACGUCCGCGGUGCAGCCGCCAGCCACCCAGCGCUCCCCCAGCCGGGCAGCCCGGCCGUCCGUGCAAGUGUCCACCUUCCUGGAAAAGCAGCUGGCGCAGGCCAAGAAGGAAGGGCAGAUGGAUCUGCGAUCGGCCAGAGGGAGACCGAGGGCAGCGGCAGCAGGGGGUGGCCUGCAGAGGAAGGGUCGCCCUGAGGUGCAGAAGGAGCUGGAGACUGAGAAGCCCAACACGCAGCAAGCUGUACAGAGCGCUGAGACCCCCGGGCCCUCGGAGCGGGCCGUGCCCAGCCCCGGGGAGCAGCCGGCUGCCGUGGGACCCGGCCCAGCCGAGCAGGGAGAGGUAGCUCCUGGGUGCAGUGAGGGGAGCCGGCCUGCCCCCACCAAAGGGAGCACCCCCCCGCACGAUGACCUUAGUGCUGGCGGGGAGGCUGCCGGCUGGCCAUCCAAGCCCAGGGCGCUCAGCCUGACCGAGUACCGGCUGCGGAUGCUGCGUCGCCAGCCCAGCGGGGCCGACGGGAAGGAGGGGGAGAAGCAGGCAGCAAGCAAGUGGCCCAGCGUCCCCGAGCCCCCCACGGAGCUGGCCGAGAUCCCGUGCCUAAUGGCGCCCGUACGCCCCCCGCCCUCGCAGCCUGCCCAGCCCGUGGAGACGCCCAGCACCCAGAGGGGCCCAGAGAAACCUGCCAGCCCCCCUGCCACCCCUCCUCUGGCCAGAAAGGCACCUGCGGGGCCCCCCAAGACUCUGCCGGCUCCAGUGCCCCCGGGGCUACAGCUGCCUGUCCUCCCGCCGGCCCUGGGGGCUGCUGCUGCAGUGAUCCCGCUGGCCUCCCCAGCGCCCUAUGCCCUCUACCCACCGGUGCCUUCCUGGCCUUGCUUUGGGCCCCCGCCUGCCAGCUACCCCAGUCUGCCUCCACCACCGGCCGCUGGCGGGUCACCCAACGCCUUUCACCUGGUGCCUGGCCUGCCCCCGCCAGCCGUGGCCUGGCCCACCCCUGCCCUGCCACCACCUCCCUUCAGCCCAGGCGUGCCGUGUGCCCCCAUGGGCUGGCCCCUGGGCCUCCAGCCACCCUACUGGCCCGGGGUCCCCCUGCCGCCGCCAGUGCCUCCAAUGGUGUACAGCGAUCCAGGGGCCGCUCUGCAGAGCCCGGGGGCAAACCCCUUCCCAGGUAGCCCAGCCACCCUGACCCUGGCACCAAGCUGCCAAGAGCCCUCAGCUUUCACAGCACAGCCAAUGAAGCCAGUGCUAGCCAGCCAGGCCACCGCUGCUGCCAAGCACGAGGUGCCAGCCCAGCCCCCCCAGCGCGGGCCACAGCCCUCUGGCCGGGCAUCUGAUCCCAGGAGGCAGAGCCGGCCUGUGGGCGAGUCACCUGCCUCCCAGCCUGUAGGGCGGCCCCCUAUUGCCACCGCCUGGACCAUGGGGGAGUCAACUGCUGCCUGGCCUGUGGGGCAGCCCCCUGCCCCCCAGCCUGUGGGGAAGUCAUCUGCCACCCAGCCCCCUAUUGUCACCACCCGGACUGUGGGGGAGUCUGUUUCUGCUGCUGCCCCUCGGCCCGUGGAGGAGUCAACCACUGCCCAGCCUGUGGGGCAGUCCCCUGCCCCUCGGCCUGUGGGGCAGUCCCCUGCCCCUCGGCCUGUGGGGCAGCCCCCUGCCCAGCCCACGAGAGAGCUCCCUGCUCCUCCGCCUGUGGGGGAGCCCCCUGCCCAGCCCACGAGGGAGCCCCCUGCCCCAUGGCCUGUGGGGGAGCCCCCUGCCCAGCCCACGAGGGAGCCCCCUGUCACCCGGCCUGUGGGGGAGCCCCCUGUCUCCCGGGCAGUGGGUGAGUCAUCUGCUGCCCAGCCCCCUAUUGCCACCGCCCCGCCUGUGGGGGAGUCUGAUUCUGCUGCUGCCCCUCGGCCCGUGGGGGAAUCAACCGCUGCCCAGCCUGUGCGGGAUCCCCCUGCUCAGCCCACAAGGGAGUCCCCUGCCCCCCGGCCUGUGGGGGAGCCCCCUGAUACCUGCCCCAGGGCAGAGGCUGCAGCUCCAGCAAAGGUCCCAGUGCCCAGCCUGCUGGAGGGGGCCCGACCAGACCCCAAGAGAGCUGUCCUGCAAGAUCCUCGGCCGCCUGGGCACACGUCCAUCCCUGGGAAAGCGGGGGCACUGCUGAGAGCGCGUGAGGAGAGCCAGCCCACCAAGCCGGCCCCUGCCCAGCCAUGGAGACAUCGGCCCCUCAUCAGCCCGGCCCAGCCUGGCGCCAGGAAGGACAUCGUGCAGGCCUUCAUCAGUGAAAUCGGAAUCGAAGCCUCCGACCUGUCCAGCCUGCUGGAGCAGUUUGAGAAGACUGAAGCCACGAAGGAGGAGCUGCACGUGCGAUGCCCUAGAGACAGGCUGGCGCCAGGGAACGCUGGCAGGUCGGAGAGCCACCAGGACAAGAACCCGCCGGACAGCCUGCAUGCCCCAGAGCUGGCCAACGUCGCCGGCCUCACCCCGCCGGCGACGCCGCCCCACCAGCUCUGGAAGCCCCUGGCUGCCGUCUCACUGCUGGGGAAGCCCGGGGCCGCCCCCCAGGAGGGCAGCCAGAGAACUGCCAAGUUCAUGGAAGCGAAGCCGCUGCCUCAGAGCAAACCUCGGGGGAAGGGCCCGCCCCCCACGACCUGCGGCCCACCCCCCAGCCACGUGGGCUCCGGAGACCAUGACUACUGCGUCCGUGGCUCCGCCCAGCCAGAGGAGGGCGCUAGGCUCCCCGGCACACCGGCCCCGUCGGAGCUGGGCUCCCGCUGGAACGUGAAGCAUCACCAGGAUAUCACCAUCAAGCUGCCCUCCUCCCUCUCCACACGGACGCUGGCCUGGGCUGGGCUCAGCCCCCAGCCUGGCGCUGCCCCUGGCUCCAGCGAGCAGCUGGAUCACCGGACUAGUGCCCAAAGCCAGGUUGCCGCUGGCAGGAGCAGCCCCCCCACCUCGGUCCUGCUGUCUCCGGACGCAUCCCCCUGCCGGGACGAGGAGCUGCAGACUCGGGACCCGCAGUCGAAGCAGCUGGCUGCCAAGAGGUCCCUGCGCUGCUACCGGAGACGGGCCUCGCCAAGCCCCCGGGCCCACACCAGCUGCUCUUUCAGCUCCACGUCCAGCGGGGCCAGCGCCUCCUCGUCUUCCUCCUCCUCGUCCUCCCGGUCUCGGUCCCGGUCGCUGUCCCCCCCUCCAAAGCGGUGGCGAAGGUAUCGCUCAAGACGCUCCCGCAGCUCCCACUCCUCCCGCUCUAGCUGCGGGUCGUGCGGCCGGUCCCGGGGGAGGUCGUCGUCGUCGUCCUCCUCGUCCUACUCGUCCAGAUCCUCCUCGGCUUCCCGCAGCCGCUCCCGCUCCCCAUCCCCCCGCAGGAGGAGUAACCGGAGGAGAAGAUACGAUUACGGCGACCCUCCGGAUCACUGCCAGCACCCGAAAGUCCUCCACAAGGAACGUGCUAUAGAGGAGAGGAGAGUCGUCUUCAUCGGCAAGAUCCCCAGCAGGAUGACGCGGGCAGAGCUCCGGCACCGCUUCUCCGUGUUCGGGGACAUCGAGGAGUGCACCCUCCACUUCCGGGCUGAGGGGGACAACUACGGCUUCGUCACCUACCGCUACGCCAAGGAGGCCUUCGCCGCCAUCGAGAGCGGCCAUAAGCUGCGGCGCCCGGACGAGCAGCCCUUCGACCUGUGCUUUGGGGGGCGCCGCCAGUUCUGCCGGAGGAACUACGCGGACCUGGAUUCCAACCGGGAAGAUUUAGACCCUGCCCCCAUCAAGAGCAAGUUCGACUCCCUCGACUUCGACACCUUAUUGAAACAGGCGCAGCGCAACUUGCGGAGGUAGCGCUGGGCCCAUGGCGGCUCUGCCCGGUGCCCGCGGGAGGUGCCCCGGCCUGGCUGCAGCUGAGCAGGGCUUUACAGAGAAACGAAAAAGACAAAAAAAAGUGUCUCACCAGAUUUUUUAAACCGUUUGUUUUUAUAACAAAUAUUUAAGGCAGAUGAAUUGUCUCUGUUAACUGAGGGGCUGCCCCAGCCCAGUCACUCUGGUUAAUAAACCCGGGUC